CAGAAGUGGAAGAUAAAACAGAGUGGAAGAGUUAUCAGAGACACUGGAGCUCCGACAAUGGAGCUAGCUCUACACAUGUCCGCUUCUUUUUGCAGAGAGAACUCUCUAACCCAUUACUGCCACUCCAAAUUCCUAACAACCCAAGAUUACCAAAAGGCUCUUUUUCCUCAUUUUACCAGAAAAUCCCAAUUGCAGCAGCCUAAGAAUCGACUAAAGAGGACUUCGAAACUUGUGGUUUCAGCCACAAAACAACGGCUUUGGAUUAGCGAACAACAGCAAGGCCAAGAAGAAGAAGAAGAAGAAGAAGAAGCAGAAGAAGAAGAGGAAGAUGAUGAAGAAGAAGAGUACGCUUAUUCGGAGGACGAGUCAUCAUUGUUGUCUCUGAGUGAGAAGCCUGACAGGAGCAUGGCUAUGCUCGAUGAAUAUGAGAUAGAGGAGCUUGACUAUGCCAUCGACCCUAACCAUAGAAGUGGGUAUGUGGCUGUUCUGGGAAAGCCAAAUGUGGGGAAAAGUACUCUUUCAAAUCAAAUGGUUGGUCAGAAGUUGUCCAUAGUUACUGAUAAACCUCAAACUACAAGGCAUCGAAUUCUUGGUAUAUGUUCUGGCACAGACUAUCAGAUGAUACUUUAUGACACACCGGGUGUUAUCGAGAAGAAAAUGCACAAGUUGGAUUCUAUGAUGAUGAAAAAUGUUCGCAGUGCUGUCAUAAAUGCAGAUUGUGUACUUGUUCUUGUUGAUGCAUGUAAAGUGCCUGAAAAAAUCGAUGAAGUGUUGGAAGAAGGUGUUGGUAACCAGGCAGAUAGGUUGCCGCCCACUUUGCUGGUGAUGAAUAAGAAGGAUUUGAUUAAACCUGGUGAAAUUGCAAAGAAACUGGAGUGGUAUGAGAAAUUUACAAACGUUGAUGAGGUCAUACCUGUGAGUGCUAAACAUGGGCAGGGAGUGGAAGAUGUCAAGCACUGGAUUUUAUCAAAACUUCCUUUUGGGCCAGCAUAUUAUCCAAAGGACAUUGUCAGUGAGCACCCAGAAAGAUUCUUUGUAUCUGAAAUUGUUCGAGAAAAGAUCUUUAUGCAAUACCGUAAAGAGAUUCCUUAUGUGUGUCAGGUGAAUGUCGUGAGCUACAAAACUAGGCCAACGGCGAAAGAUUUUAUACAAGUGGAAAUUGUCGUUGAAAAGAACUCGCAGAAGAUCAUUGUUAUUGGCAAAGAGGGGAGAGCUCUGAAGCUACUUGCAACAGCUGCACGGCUUGACAUAGAAAAUUUUUUACAGAAAAAAGUUUUUCUGGAGGUUGAAGUGAAGGUUAAAGAGAACUGGCGGCAAGAUGAAGUGCUUUUGAAGAAUUAUGGCUAUGGAGGUCAAAUUCAAGCAUUAUGAUGUCGGCCAGUGGAGAACACAAGUGAGGAUUGUCGUAUCAUUUAAGUUCCAUGAUUGUAUGUCAUCUCUGAAAUGGUUUUUAUGUUGUUGAUUAGCAUAUAUGCCUCCCCAUUUCUUUUUGUUAGCUGGAGUGGGUGUAGUUGUAAUGUCACCGGGAAGAUAGUUUCAAGCAUUGCUGUAAGCAUGGCAUGGCAUUUUCCCAAGGCCAAGAUUUUGUUACUUAUUAGCCCCCCAAAAAAAAAGGUUUUGUUAUUUGAACUCUC